GUUUCCAAGCGUCAUUUUCGCAUCUACUCAGUUAUUUACGAGAAGGAGAGUUUGCACGAGUUUCAGCCAUUGAUUUAUUGCGAAGACCUCGAAUCUACCAAUGGUACAUACGUCGAUGAUGUUUGCAUUGGGAAGAUUGGAGGGCAGCGAGUAGGCCAUUUGCUCACUAACGGUGAGAUUAUCGAGAUUAAACAUUCUACCGACAAUCAAUUGAGUUGGAGAUUCCGAUUUCAACAACCAGACAACACUACAGUGUCUCAAGAGCUAGCCGACAACCAAGAUCUCCAUCAUUUCGACCAUAGGUAUUCUGUGUCAAACCGUAUCCUUGGCAAGGGACAAUACGGCGCAGUGUAUAUGGCAACAGAGGUUGAGACAUCCAGGCAACUAGCUUGCAAAAUUGUCGAUAUCCAACAGGCUCUUGACGGCCUAGAAGAACAUUCCUCUCUAGCUGUCGGCAAGGCGUGGCAUGAUAGGGUAGAGCGUGCAGGAGAGGGCCUCAGCAAGGUCAUGCGCGAAAUCAAAAUUCUCUCUAAACUCUCUCAUCCGAACAUUAUCGAUCUCAAGAAGACCUUCUGCUCCAACACCCACUACUACAUUUUUACCGAGCUUGCACCUGCUGGUGAUCUGUUCUCUUACAUCGCAUCACACGACGAUGGCAUGCUUGAUGAUUUGCAAAGUCGCGUCAUCUCUCUACAAAUUGUGUUGGCUCUGCAAUACAUGCACGAACAAGGAGUUGUUCACAGAGAUAUCAAGCCGGAGAAUGUUCUGAUCACGAAUUUGGACUUUGGUGCUCGAGUAGUCUUGACAGACUUUGGAUUUGCGAACUACGCACAUCGAGUAUCCGGGAGAUUAAUGUCAAGGGUCGGUACAUCUGGCUACAUUGCCCCAGAAAUCGAAGCUGUCGAGGCGGCAAACGCUGGGUACACAGCUACUGCUGAUUUAUGGUCACUUGGUAUAUCGACAAUGAUGAUGUUGACCGGCUGCAAUGUUAUUCCACGCGAAGAACUUACCCAAGAGAGCCAGCAGGAGAUCGCAGAUCGCGUCUUGGGGCUACAUACAGAGAAUCAAAAAGAGCGAUGGCCGGGUCUAUCGCACAGAGCGUCAGACUUCCUUCGUAAUCUUCUGACGCGCGAUCCCGAGAAACGAAUGACGGCCGACCAAGCUCGGAAGCACCCGUGGUUCACUGAACCUGCCGAAGAAGCAAAAGCACUCAAAGAAGGCUACCAGAAAAUUAUCAGAUUCUGGAGAAAGAGGGAUGAGUAUGAAAAUGUGUUGGAAGAUUUGCCAGGACGAAACAUAACCUCAAGAUCAGACACAAGCACACCGGGACCGAGGUUUCGAAGGAAAAUCCCCGAUGCCUCAUCAUCCCCAUACUUCGGACUAGAACGCCACCUUCAACAGAAAGUUGUCUCCAAGCGCAAGAAUAUUCUCGAAGAGGUUAAUAACUCUGGAGGUAGAUUCUUAACCUCGGAUGCACAUCAUAAGGGACCAGGCGUAAGCAUGCGCACUCGACGAGACAAGCAAGUGACUUUCGAAUCUGUUGACGGAAGAGACAUAUUUGGAACUUCUUCGAGCGCCGUGAGAGAUGAAUUGGAGGACGUUGAUCUGGAUGAAGUGUCCCUUAUUCCAACUACACCAAUUCCGCGUGUUGAAAAGGGGUACGGGUUCAAUCUCAGCGAUGCUGUCAUUCCUGAAUCCCCAGAAGCCCAAUCGAUGACACGCCCCAAGAGGGUGCGCAUUGCAUCUGAAAACGAAGAGGAGAGAUCAAUGUAUGAAGCAGCUGCUAAGACAAUACCCAAGUAUAGUAGUGCUAAAGUCUUGAAGGAUGAAGUCACGAAAAGAAGGCUGGAGAAGGAGAUGGCCGGGCUGAGGGCUCGACAUUCCUGA